AUGACGGAUAAACGUUGGAAUGAUGACAUCGCUUAUAGUUUCUUUACUCAUAGAAUAUUCUUAAGAAUAUAUGGUUUGUGGCCAUUGCAAACGCAGACAGUAUUCACGAACAUACGAUGGAACUUAUUUUUGAUUGCACAGUUUAUGAUAUUACCUUUUCUGCUGGUGGAUUCUUUUUGGAGUGAUAAAAAUGCUGGCUCAAAUAUAGAAAAUAUAUUAUAUUUCACGUCCACGGUGACCGGAAUCAUUAAAAAUGUAUGUGUCAGAAUUAAUAAAAAAAAACUGGCUACGAACAUUAAUGCUGCAAUCGAUGAUUGGUUGUCUGCUAAGGAUAAUAAAGAAACUCAGAUGAUCAUGAAGAAAUAUGCGCUUAAAGCCAGAAUGCUUACUUUCACGUUAUUAUACUCAGCAGUCGGGUGCUUUAGUAUUUACGUACUUGCCAUCGUAUUUAUAAAUUUGCAACAGAUAUAUUUUAUGGAUAAGAACUUAGUGGAUGCUAAUACAACAAAUUGGAUACUUUUUAUUCCAUGUGGUCCAUUGAGUAAGUCAAUCAAUGGUUUACAGUUCGUGAUAAUCCUGGUUAUACAGAUUCUUCAGACAAUCUCACUAUGUAUUAUAUUAUCUAUCGUUGAUACUUUCUUUUUUACUAUGACAAUACAUCUUGCUGGUCAACUUGAAGUGCUUAGAAAAAAAUUUACAACUUUUGCAAAUGAAUCCGACAUCGAGGCAAAUUAUCGAAAAAAAUUCGUCAGUUUGAUUAAUAGACAUAGCAAAUUAACGGAAUUUUAUCAAAAUUUGGAAGAUACCUUUAACUUUCUUAUAUUAUCUCAACUUGUAUCAACGACGAUUAUGAUUGCAUUAAUAGGAAUGCGCAUAAAUCUGUGUAUAAACGAGAAAAAUCAUAUUGAACUAACAAAGAGUGUGCUUGUCCUGAACUACUUAUUUAUGCAGUCAUUGAUAUUUACCUAUGCCGGUGACUUCCUGCAAACGAAAAGUGAAGAUAUAUUUCAUGCGUUAUACGCAACUUCCUGGUUCACGCUUCCUUUAGCGUUGAUGAAGGACCUGCAUUUUGCGAUGAUGAGAUCAAGUGUUUUGCUUCGUCUAACCGGCGGAAAAUUUUUCUAUGUUAAUCGUGAGACCAUGAUGUACAUGCUUAAGACGUCGGCUUCGUACGUUUCAGUUUUACGAAUAGCAUUAAGAAACUAAUGCUCAAUAAUAUUCAUAUGUAUGCGUGCAUCGUAUGUAUGCGUAUA